AUGGUCCCUGCCCCAGGGUGCUGAUCCUCUAAAUUUGACUCAUUUAACUGAGAUUAGUUUAAGGCCUAGCGCUGAUCCCGUCACCUAGCAAUGAGUUUCACAGGCUAAAACCUGCGACGUCCUGCCAUCAGCUGUAAGGCCAGCCCUCCAUUCCAGACACCGGCUGGCAGAGCUCUGCUAGUCAGUGCCCUGUAGAUGGGUGAGGUCUGGCCGACCCAGCAGAAACCCUACCGGAGACGCGGUUAUACCAGCCGAACGUUGUUUUUGCUGGGCGCGUUGAUUUUGGUCGGGUGGGAUGGAAUGAGCGAUUCUGGUGGAGCGCGCAGCUUUACUGGGGUAAGCCGGGUCCCCACGAGGAGCCCUUUGUGUAUGGCUGGAGCUACCCGGCAAAGCACUCUUCAGCGAGAUCGGGCCUCAAUCCCCUCCCUUUCAUACCCAUCCAGCAUCCCUUCAGUCCUGCCUUUUGCAGCGGGCUGACUAGGAUCCCACCCGGUCUCUUCCCUAUCCUGCACCCCUCCACGAGUCCUCCCCUUGACCACUCCGUCCAGGCAAGCCCCCCAUGCUUCGCGCUCUCUCCAUACGGCAGAAAGGGGAUUGUCCGGCUCGCCCGUGUUUUAUUUUUAACAGCAGCCCGUUCAAAUUUCCAUUCCGCUCCCUUAUUAAUAGAUUUAUUGUUUUUAAUCACACGCAAACAGUGCGUCUUACGUGCAUCUGAGCUGUCAUGGAAACUAGCCCCAGUUCCUGGAACCAGCCUGACACAUCCAGGCCUUUUAAUGAAAAGAUCCGUCUGUCACGGCCCUCUGUGCGCUCUCUGGUCUCCACAGUAACAGGCCCAUCUCUGGUCUCUGCCUGCUCCUGAGAGUAGAUAAGCGCUGUACAAGGCCAAGCAGAUAGCGAGCAGCUGAUAUUUCUCACCCUCCCACAAUGCACCGCUUCAUGGCCCCUAACUGAAGCAGCCCUGCGGACACCUGGGGAGAGAUGGGCCCUUUCCCAGGGAGCUUUCAGUUCAAAGAACGGGUUAUCCCUUGUUUUACAGAAGGGGAAACUGAGGCACGGGGGGGCAGGAGUCUCUGGCAGGAAGUGAGGGGGAGCAUUAACCCUCAAGCCUCCUGCAGUGCUACCUCCGGGUUGAAAUCGUCCCCUGUGCAGCUGGGAAUCUUGCAAAGAAGCAGCUCUUAUUUGUGUGUGUUGGGGGGACGGGAUUGUUUAAAGGACACCGCAGGGCAGGAGAGAUACCGGACAAUCACGACGGCAUAUUACCGAGGAGCUAUGGGCUUUCUGUUGAUGUACGACAUCGCCAACCAGGAUUCCUUCAACGCCGUGCAGGACUGGGCGACCCAGAUCAAGACCUACUCGUGGGAUAACGCCCAGGUGAUCCUGGUGGGGAACAAGUGUGACCUGGAGGAUGACCGAGUGGUGGCCACAGAGGAUGGCAAGCGGCUGGCAGAUGAGCUAGGGUUUGAAUUCUUUGAAGCCAGCGCCAAGGACAACAUCAACGUCAAGCAGGUCUUUGAGCGCCUGGUGGACAUUAUCUGCGAGAAGAUGAACGAGAGCCUGGACACCAACACCACCCUCGUUGGCAACAGCAAGAACGGGGCCCUGACCGAGACUCCGCCCCCGCAGUCCAGCAGCUGCUCCUGCUAGAUAACAGACUCCACCCACCUCCACUCCUCUCUUUCCGUGCCCCCCCUCCCGCCCCAGCGUCACAUUGAUGUCAUAGAUAAAUAGGAUGGGAGGUUAUGGGGAGAGGCGGAUCUCUUGGGCUGGUAUCCCACUGUUUCUCUAUUUGCCGAUUACAUCAAUGCAAUGGAUCUGCUUUCCCUUUCCUUAUCCCCAAUCCAGGGUUCUUCCAUCCCGGCAACCACAGCCAGCUGAGGGAUGAGGAACGUGAGCCCAUCCACUGGACCUCAGAGGUGGUGGGACAGGCCCAGGCCCCCCACCACUGACGCAGAUUGGCCUGACUUCCAUUGACUUGGAUGGCGCUGACGUGGAUGCUACGGAUCCAACGGGGGUCUGAUGUCUCAGCAGCUGCGCAGUCUCUUGGGUGUGCAUCUAUUAACCAAGCUCUAGGUGCAGCUUUGCAAAAGGCUGGGACAUCGAACCCCCGCAUAGAUCUGUGACAACCGCUCUGUUUGUAAGAGGACGGGGAGGGGUGUCGGGGGAGAUGUAGGGAGGUUUCCUGCGCAGGGCUUGCUGCAGGAUCCUCAUGCUGGAAAACAGGUGUUGGGGGACGGGGAAGAUCCAUUUUCAUCUCAAUUUUCCACUGAACAUUUCAGGCUUUUCCCAGGGAAAUUCGUGUCCUGAACAUCUUUGACCAAAAAUCGGAGCAACUUAUUCUGAAAUGCCUCCUGGAUGUUGUAGUCCAGGUGCCUUGUGCUCUUGUUCUCUUCUGUAGAGUGGAGGUCUUGGUCAGACUACAUCUCCCAUGAUGCACCACACUCUCUCUCUGCUAGGGGAGGGCGGUUGCAUCAUGGGAGUCCCUUACCGUGGUGCAGCAUGGGAGACGUAGUCCAACUAAGGAACACGGCUCAUAGGGGAGAAUGGAAGCUUGAGGCCACUGAACUACAACUCCCAUGAGGCACCACAGCAGCAUUUCCAAAGCAACUCAUCCCCAACUGCCUAUUUCCUAUAGAGUCACACACCCUGUA